AUGGCUAGUCACCGACAAGACCAGCCGAACGCUGGAGAUGCUAGACCAAAAACCCGGAAUGCUGAGGACCUGAGCACUGGUGCUUCUUUGGUCGCAACUGUUGAUUCUUCGUUGAAGUCCGAUGCACCCAAGGAAAAACUUCCAGUUCAUCAAGUUGCAUCAGAAAAGAAGCCUGGUCUCGAAGCGCCCCAUACUGCUAGCUUCCACCGCCAGCUUCAUUCCCAAUCUCAGCGAUCAGAUACGAAUAUGCCUUAUUCGAUAGUUCGUUGGCUUCUCGAGACACCAGAGGAGGAAUACUGGGGAUACCAAUGGACAUUAUGGGAGGUUUAAGACGGC